AUGACCGGAAUGACAUCCACAAUACGCAUAGCCAUACUCAACACCGACGAGCCCGUAGCCGCCGUCCGCCCUCGUCACCGUUCGUACGGUUCCAUGUUUCAGUCUCUCCUCGACGCCGCGGCAAAGCGCGUAUCGCCUACGCUGACCGUCGAGUCGGAGGAGUUCGACGCCGUCAAGGCUGAGUACCCCGGCGACCUGUCGUCCUUUGACGCCCUGCUGGUGACGGGCUCGGCCGCCUCCUCGUACGACGACACGCCGUGGGUGCGCCGCCUGGACGGCUGGCUGGGCCACGUCUUCCGCACCCACGACGGCCUUCGCAUGUUCGGCAGCUGCUUCGGCCACCAGAUCAUCUGCCAGAGCCUGCUGCGCGACCAUGGCGUCUUCGUCGAGAAGCACCCGGGAGGUUACGAGCUGGGCGUCCACGAGAUGACGCUCUCGGACGAUUUCGUCAACGCCCUCGGCCCUCCUCCCUGCCGUUCCGCGGACGAGAGCAGCGGUCGUCCUGCCACGCCUCCUGGAACCAGCGAGACCGCAGCUGCGCGCGCCGCUGCUGCAGAGCAGGCCCCCCCCGCAUCGCUCCGCCUGCAGUUCAUCCACGCAGACCACGUCAACCUCGGACCCAGGGGCUCCCUCCCGGGGAGCUGGGUCAACAUAGGGAGCACCGCUCACUGCCGAGUCCAGGGCGUCUACCUGCCCGGUCGGGUCCUCACGUACCAGGGCCACUUUGAGUUUGACUCCUUCGUCAACACCGAGACGGCAAAGGCCUUCGGCACCGAGUGGGAUCCGGCCUUUCUCCGAGACGCCCUUGACGCCAUCGACGCCGACGACGACUCCGACGCCGCCGCUGACAUGGUCGUGCGUUUCCUGAUCGAGGGGCGUGAUCUCGAGGAUAAGGCCGAGGCGUUGCUGCCCACGCCACCUGCUGAGAUGGCAUGA